AUCACGAAAUGAUAUAAAGCUCACUCUCAAUCACAUUCCUCACCUUGGACUCUCGAUUCGAUAUUCGUGUCACCGCAGAAAGAAUAUACAUUAACUUUGUACUAAAAUUUAAAAGCAAACCUUUGAAUAUACUCGCCUCUUCCGAUCUCCCUUACGACAUUUACUACGUCUAACCAGCCUUUGGAUCUUCCUUCCCGCUCUCAGCCUUUUUCAAUUGCUCUCUUCACCGUCGUCCUCAGAUAUUUAGAUUCGGCCCUUGUCGUGCCCCCCGUCUCAAUUCCCAAAAACCAACCAACACGACGUAUUAUCUAUUCUUAUCAAACAUUAAAGCCAUGUCUAGCGCUAAUCAUAUAGCUGGUGGUCUUAAAGCUACUCUUAAAAACCCAAACGUGUCUGAAGAAGCUAAAGAGAGAGCUCUGGACCGAUUGGAGAAUGAAGACUUUUCUACGACGGCCGAUGAAUCUGAAAAAACCACCGAGGCCAAAAACCCUGGAAAUGUUAUAGGAGGGAUGAAGGCUGCUUUGAAGAACCCAAAUGUAAGCGAUAGCAAGAAGGAAGAGCUUCAAUCCAAGCUCGAAGAGUUUUAAGUAGAUUAACACAUCAUUUCGGCUUCAAAAAUGUAUCAAAUAUGUUUAGGAUGUAUGAUAAGGGUGUUAUGAUGUUCCAAUUUCUCUCAUGUGAUUUCAUCUCUUCACUUUCAUCUCUGCCUCACUUUCUCUAUGGAUCCUUUUCUAAGAUUUUUGAGAAUCGUGUCAUGGUUGACAUUGGUGCACGAGUUCCCAAACGUGCCAUCUUGUUUUCGUUUCGCGGUUAUAGCUUGUACACUACGUGUGUUUUUAUUAGAAAUCGAUUUGGCUAUCAUCUCCAGUCCCGAUUU